UUUUUAACCAUGUGUAAUCGUCAGCUAUAUGCAUUUGGUUGCGCGGGAAAUGGACAGUUGGGUUUUCGUCCAAGUAAUGUUGACAUUGAUACUGAAACAGUUCGCUUUCCCCAGCUUAUUAAAAGUGCACCUACUGGCGAACUUGGAGUCAAUGUAGUUGCAGUCGCUAGCGGUGAAAAACAUUCCUUAUUUUUGUCUGAUAAUGGAGAGGUUUGGUCAUGUGGUUGUAAUUGUAGCGGAGAACUUGGUCGAGUGGCUGGUGGAGAAUGCUCGUACACUAUCCGUCCAAUAAACUUAUCAAGCCAUUCUAAAAUUAUUCAAAUAGCAGCUGGUCGAAAUCAUAGUAUGGCAGUUGCAGAGGAUGGACGUUUAUUUGGAUGGGGAAGUAACAGUCAUGGGCAAAUCGCGCAGCCAGCAAAUAUUAUUUUCUCCAAUGUCCCAACACGUGUUUCACUUUCUAAAACAGUCCAAGUGGCUUGUGGAGCAUCUCAUACGGUAUCGCUGAACGAGGCUGGUGAAGUAUAUAUUUGGGGCCAACAGGGGUACGGACAUAUAUCGUAUAGUCCGGUUCGACUUUUACUGUUCAUUUCUGUGCCUGUAAUACAAGGCAAGUCAACAUUUAUAUGGAAUUUGUUUACGAUGGUUUUAACUGCGAGUGGAGCUUUAUAUGCUUGGGGAAAGAAUAACGACGGACAACUUGGAAAUUUUAGGAACAAAGAUGACAAUAACCCAUCUGAAGUGCCAAAUAUUCAUUCCGUAGUAAAUGUUGGUUGUGGUGAUAGUCAUACUAUUGCACUGACAUAUGAAGGACGUGUGUUCUCCUGUGGUAGUGACUCAUUUGGACAACUGGGAUGUGGUCAGCCAAGUAGAUCACAUAAUAGCAUGAGGGGUAUUACGGAAAUGCUUGGUAGCCAAGUAACAAGAAUUGCUUGUGGAAGAUGUCAUACAAUCGUUGUAGCAAACGGAAAAAUGUAUACGUUUGGUUUGAAUAGUAGUGGGCAGCUGGGACAUGGAAAUGUAAAGAAUCAAGUAAUUCCUCGUGUAAUUGAUUGCAUUGACAAUGUGUCAUCAGUAUUCGCGGGAUGGGAUCAAAGUUUUUGUUUGCAGUUCAAGUCAGAACAGUCACAUGAAGUGCUUUCUGGGCCAAGCAGUUAUAUUCAAAAACCCAAGUUUCUCUCUUUGCAGCUUAUUCGAGAUCUGUUUUCAGCUGGAGAUAAACUAGAAGUCAUCGGAGAAUUGGAGUCUGUUUUUUCGUCAUUAUCAUCUAUAAAUGCUUCAUUUCUUUAUCAAGAUGAAAAACGGUAUCAGUGUAGCGCGUCAAAUAGUUGUCUUGAUUUAGAUCAGGUUGUGGAAGCAUCUACUGUCAUUUCGGAAAGUGCAGACGCAGCUCAAUAUGCAGAAAUAAUACUAGAAAGUCUCGAAAGAGCAGGAAUGUGGAAAUUAUUUACAGAUAAGAUAAUGUCUUUGGAAUCCCUUCGAGUUUUUCUUGUAUUGCCUUCAUUUUAUUUCUUUUCUUCGCCGUCGUAUUCUUUUGUCAAAGCACUACAUCUUCCUUUUGUUCGAUCGUUCCAACUUCUUCGUUCAAAGUAUCAAAAAGUCAUAGAAAAAUGGUGGUGUUCAUAUGAGCCUCGACAUUUUAACCGUUUAGUGUCAGCCUUAGUUAAAUCAUUAGAAGAAAUUGUGGAGCAUGAGCCGCAGAAUACAUCUUUACCUGUACCUUUCUGUUUAGUCUUGACACGAUUAAACUUUAUCAACAGGAGCAAAAACUUAAUUCCUUACAACAAGUUUUAUAUAACUAAUUUACAGAAAAAAGUUGAUAUGGCUUCUGACCUUGCAAAAUGGGAAUUCCAUAGUCAAGAUAGUUCUUUCUAUUGGUCAAACUACCCAUUUUUAAUGGAUGAACAAUUGAAGACAUUUUUGUUGCAACUUGAAGCUCACAUUCAGCAGGUGCGCUUGUUCAUUACAACUUUUUCUGAAUUAUUCUCGCAGUUUCAGAUUUCUAUGGCUUCAGGAAUAGUAAUAUUGCCUUUCAAUAUUUCUCUUCAGCCUCAUCCAUUCUUUGAGGUAGAUAUCCAUCGAGAUAAUAUUGUUGACGACGCAAUGAUUGCUUUGUUGUCUUCUAAAGAAACGGAUCUCCAAAAACCAUUAAAAGCAUGUUUUGUUCAUUUUAUUGGCGAAGAAGCAGAUGAUGCUGGUGGUGUGAAGAAGGAGUUUUUUAUGUUACUUUUCCAAGAAUUACUUCAAGCAAAAUAUGGGAUGUUUACAGAAGACGAUGAAUCGCAUCUAAUUUGGUUUUCUGGAGUAGAAGCUGAUUCAUUAAGUUUCACACUUGUCGGAAUGCUUUGCGCUUUAGCUAUAUACAAUGUUGUUCUCGUUGAUUUUCCUUUUCCAUUAGCGUUAUAUAAAAAAAUUCUGAAUGUUCCUUUAGAACUUGAAGAUCUCAGUGAAUUGAGUCCUGCUGAAGGAAGAUCACUAAGAAGUCUUUUGGAUUAUGAAGGAGAUGAUAUCGAAGAGGUAUUUGGCUUAACAUUUGUAAUUUCCAUAUCCUUAUUAGGGGAUUAUAAAGAUAUCGAACUGAAAAUGAAUGGCGCGGAAAUACCUGUUAAUCAGCAGAAUAAACACGAGUUUGUGCAGCUUUAUAUAAAGCAACGUUUGGAAGAAGGCUAUGAUGGAGAAAUAAAUCGGCAGCUGCGUUCGUUCAUGAAAGGGUUUGAAACUGCUAUGCAUUCGAAAAUCUUAUAUUAUUUUCAACCACAAGAGCUCAUGGAAAUGGUUGUUGGCAACGAAAAUUAUGAUUGGAAUUUAUUCCAAAAGAAUGCUAUAUAUAAAGGUGUAUAUCACAAACAACAUGAAACAAUAAUUUGUUUUUGGGAAGUAUUCUUUGAACUGAACAUCGAUCAAAAAAAGAAAUUCCUGCAAUUUUUGAUGGGAACUACAAGGAUUCCAAUCCAGGGUAUGUCAGAAGUAAAAAUACAAAUACAACCGUGCGGGGAAGAGUUAUUGCCAGUGGCACAUACAUGUUUUAAUUUACUCGAUUUGCCGAAUAUCACCGAUCGGCAGGAAAUGCGGCGUAGAUUGUUAAUAUGUCUGGAAAACAUUCAAGGUUUCAACUUAGUGUAA